ACAAAAGAGAGUACUUUUUUUCCCUGUUUAAAUGGCCGUCAACUCUGAAUGCUAUUCGAAAAAGGGCCUUUUUUGAAUGUAGAUAGUUUUUGAAAGUUGCAUCCUUCCUUAAUACUAGUGUAUUUAGGAUUCUGAAUCUUGAUUAAAGCCUGCAAUUGCUUUUCUGGAUAAUCAAUGGGCACAGUUCUUCGUCCAGUUGCACUUCAAAUUAAUUCUUGAUGAAAUUUUGAGAGCCAUCCUUAUUUUCUCCUCCAUUAAUUAACUGAUUGCAACCACACUGAAUGUAGCAUUAGUUACUUGACUUGCAGCAUUCAUGAUUCAAUUUGCAGUGAUCUUUCUCUGAAAUGGUGAAAAUAAGGGGUAGACUUAGUGCUGGAAAAAAUGGUUUUAUUGGUAGCUAAGUCCGUCAUGAUGUGUUGAUGGUAGUGAGCAGUGGCGGAGCCAGGAUUCAUAUUAAGGGGUGUCAAAAAAUGUAGAAAUGUCGUGACCUAGGUUUGAACCCGUGAUCUUACAGAGUUUUUGCAACCCCUUAACCGCUACGCUAAGCCUUCAACAUGUGUUAAGGGGUGUCAACACUAGUAUACAUACCUAUAAAAUUAAAAUUUCACCUAUAUAUACACUGUAAUUUUCCGGCGAAGGGGUGUCGGUGUCGCUUGACUCCCCUCAAGCCAAGGUGGCUCCGCCCCUGGUAGUGAGUUACGUAAUUCAGCUGCAGGAUUAACAAGUCUUUGUGCACAGAAGUAUGGGUGACAAUACAUUCUGUUUAUUCUCAAAAAUACUUUUGUUUGCCAACCAAAAUAAAUGGAAGACAAUAGAUUGAGAUGCGUAUCGUUGCGUGUAUCUGACAAGUUUUGUUAGUAGAGACAAAUUCAAUGUGUAUUCUGUGAUGAGAGUUCUGAAGGAAAAGAGACAAGGGAGGAAUGCCUUGGUGGCAGGGAUCUUCCCUCUCUAACCAUAAGAUUGAAGGCUCAAGUCACCAAAAGUGCAAAGUGAAGAACGGCCACUGUCGGGCUCCUCAAUAAGAAUCUUCUCCAAAGAUGGCUGCAUCUUCUUCUUCUUCUCGGUUGAUUCGUGUAGUGGGUCGUUCAUUGUUCAGUGGCCUGUGCAACAAUACUGAAGGUUUAAUGAGAUCAACACACGAGACGAUGUGCAAUAAUUUGUUAUUCCAGCAACAAAGAACCUUCAUACAAAUGAGGACGAGUCUGAAAGUGGUAGACAAUUCAGGUGCAAAAAGAGUGGCGUGCAUCCAAGCACUGAAGGGCAAGAAAGGAGCAAGAUUAGGAGACACAAUAGUCUGCUCAGUGAAGGAAGCUCAGCCAGGUGGGAAAGUGAAGAAAGGAGAAGUGCAUUAUGGUGUUGUCGUUCGUGCUGCUAUGCCAAGGGGCCGCUGUGAUGGGAGCGAAGUAAAGUUUGACGACAACGCUGUGGUACUUAUCAACAAGCAUGGUGAACCAAUCGGAACCAGAGUUUUUGGUCCAGUUCCUCAUGAGUUGAGAAAAAAGAAGCAUGUUAAGAUUCUUAGUCUUGCAGAGCAUAUUGCCUAAGGUCAUAGCCCCUUGCUUGUUAGGGCACCUCUACCAGUGAUUAUUCUAUCCCUUGGAAGCUGAGUUUUGCAUUUAUUGUAUUUGUAGGAACCUGUUGUUGUUAACAAGCUGCAAAAGAUGCUUCUUUUAUAAUCAUAAUAAACGUUUUGACUUGUACAUAAAAAUGUUGGCGCUCAGGG